AUAUGCAAAUCUCGGUGUAAAAUACCUUGCUAGAGCAUGUCUAAUCCUCGUGCAUGGGGUCUCGUCUUUGUAGCCGCGAGCUGGGUUUCGGUCAGCCUGCUUUAUGCUCUCAACGCCUUUUAAGAGCUGUGGGACUUUUGAUGCAAGGAGAGGCUGUUGCCCAACUAAAAUCUGCUAAAGCAAGUAAGGGGGAAAUCACCGCAUCUGUGGCUGAACUUAACAAGGCUAAGGAGAAUCUCUCAAGGCUGGAAGAGCGAUCUAAGCUUAAGCCUGGUAUCCCUAAAAAAGAUGGGAAGAUUGAUUAUUCCCAGGAUUUCUUUGCCCGUCAAGCAUUUUUGACUGUUUCUGGCCAACUGCUAGUUGAGACUUAUGCAUGUGCUAUUGGCAGUGUUUAUACAUUUGGGCCAACUUUCCGAGCUGAACACUCUCACACAUCAAGGCAUUUGGCAGAAUUCUGGAUGGUGGAGCCUGAAAUAGCAUUUGCAGAUCUUAAGGAUGAUAUGAAUUGUGCGGAGGCCUAUGUGAAAUUUCUUUGCCAGUGGUUACCUGACAAUUGCAUUGAUGAUAUGGAAUUCAUGGCUAAAAAUUUUGAUAAAGGCUCCAUUGAUCAUAUAAGAAUGGUUGCAUCAAUGCCCUUUGAGCGAAUUUCAUAUGCAGAGGCAAUCAAACUUCUGGAGGAAGCAGUCAAGAAAGAUAAGAAAUUUGAGAAUAAAGUGGAAUGGGGGAUUGAUUUAGCAUCUGAGCAUGAUCAGAUUCUGGCCAGCAGGCAAAGACACGUAUAAGAAAUUGACUUCUGAUGGAGGGGUCAUCUCAAGCAUCUUGGUAAUGUACUUGCUGCACCACAUGUCCUGCUGAAGAGAUGCUUCAGUCAAAUGGUCAGAGUUCCAUCAUCAUUGCUGGGGAUAUCAAUAUGUCUCUUUAGGCUUGAGACUCUUUUUGAUGAGGAUGCACAGAUUGUAAAGAAUGCGGGGAUUGCUAGCUUUGCUUCAAUGAGGAUUUUCUGCUCUCCUCAGCAUUCGGGUAAUAAAGAUUUGAAGGACUCCACAGGGAUAUCUUUUAGAAGAUGUAUGCAGCCUGUAGAGAAGUGUUCAAGGGAUGUUUGGGAAUUAUUUCGAUCAGUUGAUGGUGCAGUACAUGGAUGGCCAGCCCAUAUAGCAAGAUCAUGUGAUUCAUUUGAAGAUGAGUUGUUGACGGAGCAGAUGUAGUGGCACUCCAGAUUGCAUUCUUACUCGGUUUUCCCUCAUCACCUAUUCACUUGUAUGUCAAUGCAUGGCUUACCUUUGAGGAAUGUGCUAUCUCCUAUUCCCCUCUUUUAAUUUUUAAGAUAAUUGCCCCAAAUCCUAUUUUGUAAAUAUUCUCUCAAAUUCAGCUUUUCAAAUAAUCCCAACUCCUAUUUUCUAAUAAAACUUGGCUGCCUUUUUCUUUCUGGCAAGCCAUUUUCAAAUUUUCUUUGUUUUUUAAAAUGUUUUAAAAUAAGCAUGGAUUUAAUUCCG